AUGAGUACUUUUUAUGCCAAACAUACAUCAAAAUCAAUUUACAAUAUUAAAAAUUUAUUGAAUAAACCAUUCAAUGUUUCACUUAUGUCACAACAAUCAUCUAUUAUAGUUAAUACUUAUCAUGGUCGUGUUCUAUCACCUAUACUUGAUCAAUUUUCAAUUAAAAGUGGUCAUAAAUUAUAUAAUAAAACAUGUCGUAGUUCAACAAAUUGUACAUUUGAUGAUCGAUUUAAUCGUGCGUUAGUUAUUGAACAUAUUCAAAUAGAAUUAAUAGAGAAGAAUUAUUCAAAUUACAGAAUUCGAAUUCAACAUGUAUUAUCAAGGGGGAAAAAGCGGAUUUAA